AUGGAGGUUAUAGAUCAAGGUCUCAAACAUACCCUACCAAAUCACUCAAAUAGAUAUCCGGAACUCCUGGCGGUGGAGGUUGAUGCCAUUUUGGAAGGCACAAAUCUCAAAACAAAAGAAAAGGACGACAUUAGGACUGAAUGUAGGAGUUUACUUUACAAAGAAAAAAGAAAGACCCUUCAAAAGAGAAAAAAUCAAGAAGCAGAUACUUUGAAGCGAUUAAAAGAGAAAAUUCAACGAAAUGACUUGACUGUCGUCAAGGCAGACGAGAGUUCUUGCACAGUUAUUAUGACAAGGACUGCAUAUAACAACAAGGUUUUAGAAUUCAUUCAUGACAAUGGCUUCAAAAGACUCACCACAAAUCCAAUGACACCUUUGAUUAACAAAAUUAAGAGAUAUAAAGUGAGUGAAGAAUUUCGAGAAGUCUUUGGAACAUACAGCAAAUUAGUUAAUCCAAACCCAAAGAUUCCAAAACUGUAUGGACUACCAUACGCGUGUUGA